AUGGUAGCCGUGGGGGUUUGCCCGCGUUGUUUCGUGCUGUGGGUUUGCAUUUUGGGCCACGGCCACAGCCAAAUUUAUCUUGUUUCGGCCGAACGACCUGCAAUUCGAGCCACGGGCGCUCUCCAGGUGGAAGAAAUUGGAAAAGAAGAACACCUUCCACAAACACCGUUCACGGAAGCGCCGUACCACCAUACAGGACAUGAAGAUCAAUCGCCUUGCAACCGCACAGUGGAAAGACAUGCUGCGUGGGCGGUGUUACGCAGCUGGGUUUUUUCUUCUUAUGUACACUUUCAAGGAGAUCAUUGUGACUGGUUUGGCAUGAUGUGCCAGGGAGGAUGCGUGGUGGCGAUCCAGAUUUCCAAUCCGGAGGUGCGCGGGACCUUGCCUGCAGCAUUGGCCAACUUCAUCCAUUUGAGCAGUCUUCACCUGGCUUCAACCAAGAUCUCGGGCAAGUUGAAGAUCAUCGCGUCCAUGAAGAAUCUGCAGCACUUGGACCUCAGUGGAACAGAGGUCGCUGGCGAUAUCCAAGCUUUACAGGAAGUGCAAAAGUUGCAGCACAUCAAUCUGCACUCUACUCGUGUGGCAGGUGAUAUCCAGGUCUUCCAGGCCUUGGUUCAGCUGAAGUCCCUGGACCUUGGCAACACCCAGGUGGUUGGAGACAUCCAGGCCUUCCAGGCCACACAGAGCCUGGAUUCUCUCCGCUUGGUGGCCACCCAAGUGUCAGGCGAUAUCAGUGCUUUCAAAGCUACGAAGGAUUUGACGGUGCUCAACUUGGAUUUAACCCAGAUCUUUGGAGAUGUGCAGGUUUUUCAGGCAACCAAGUCCUUGAUGGAGCUGAGUUUGAAGUCCACCGAUGUCACAGGAGAUAUCAAAGUCUUUGAAAACACCAAUGGCUUGGAAUACUUUGACCUGGCCUCGACCAAAGUCACCGGGGACAUCCAAGUUCUGAACACGACGGGUCAGCUGAAAGUGGUACACCUGCCGAACACAAGGGUUCAUGGGGACAUUGCCGUCUUCAGCUCAACUGAUACUAGCGAGCUCACUUCGUUGAGCAUGGGGAACAGUGCAGUGUUUGGGAAUAUUUCAGCGCUGAAGUCUGCCGACAAGCUUUCCGAGGUCGUCUUUGCUUCAACGCAAGUGGGUGGGGACAUCCGGGUCUUCGAGAGCAAACCUGGCUUGCUAGCUGUAAUUUGUUCCUCAACGCAGGUCACAGGUGACGUUCAAGUCUUCGAAAACAAGGAGCGUUUGAUGUUCCUGGACUUGUCAUUUACCCAAGUGACGGGAGAUGUCAAGGUUUUCGUUGGCAAUCAGCAGUUGCAGAUCCUGAAACUCGCCUCCGCCCCUGUGUUUGGGGACGUUGGCGUGCUGGCGACAUCAGAACAAAAUGGCUUCUCAGUGCUGGACCUAUCCUUCACACAGGUGGUGGGAAACAUUUGGGUCUUCCAAAAUGCCUGGCACUUGAAGGAGCUCUAUCUUGGAGGCACCAAGGUCACUGGAAGCAUCGAAGGCAUCGUGAGUUGGAGCCAAGCUCAAGUGGUGGACCUCUCGGACACCUUGGUCACGGGACGACUCACCAAACGCUGGCGUGGCUGUUGUCGACACUUGCGGAUCUUGAAACUGUCGGGUAGUCGCGUUCAAUUUGUUCCCAAUGGUGAUGACCUCAUCAAUCUCAUGAACCUUCAGCAGCUGAAGAAUCCUAACCUUGCCUUGUUGCCAGCCCUCACAACCCUCGAGGUCUCUGGUUGCCGCUUGAACUGCCAUUUGCAGGAUUUGCUUUUGCCACUUGGCGCCUGUGAGCACGUGGGAACGAUCAAAGCGGUGAAGAGCGGCUUGACGGGUGAGCUGCCGAAUCUGGAUCCCAUGCCACCUACCAUUGUGGAAACGGGAAUCUUUUUGGCACAGCGAAGCAGCUUGGCCAGUUCUCUGGAAUUCAUCGACCUCUCAGGCAACAACCUCAGCUACAUUGCUGCAGUGCCUGGUGCUAGCCAGACCCUGGUACUGGCGGGGAACCAGCAGCCAUUGCGUCUUGCAAAGGACGCGUUAAGUAAAGCCCUGAAGCACGGUGUCUUCGUGGACCUCCGAGGCACCCAGCUGCAUGACCAGACCAACCGCGAGGCGCAGAUCUUGUUGCAGGAGAACGUCAUGCGCAACACCUCCCAGAGGAUCUACUCGCGCCCCGAAAGGGGCUACAGUUGUUACGACCUUGACCGCAACAGCACCACCUUGCAAGUGUCCCCUCCAGACUUUCUACCAGAUGAGUGGUGUGCAUGCAUGGCGGGGUGGCAUGGUAUGGGAACACGUUGCACUAAAUGUCCGGAGAACACCUUCAGCGAGGAGUUGAACACAGAUACCUGCAAAGAGUGCCCUGUGAACACUACUACGGACAAGGAUGGCUCUACAUCAAUGUGGGAUUGCAAGUGUGAGGCUGGAGAGCUUCACGCCUUGAACGGCAGCCACCUCUGCGGCUGUCCCGAAGGCUUCGCCAGCUCGGGCGUCUCCUGCGUGAACUGCGCGGGGCUGCACAGGAACUGCUCAGACCGCUUUUCGGACGUGGCCUCGGCGGAUCCAGACGCAGGUUUUGCUCGACUGGUGCUGAAGGCGGAGGAAGCGUAUGAGUGCUUUCCCCCAGCGAAACUUCGCUGUCCAGGUCGAAACGGCUCCGGACUUGGCUGCGCUCCCGGCUACCAAGGCUCACUCUGCAUGGGCUGCAGUGAGGGCCACUUUUCAUCUGGCAGGUCAUGCGUUGAGUGCUCUGGCGAAGGCCUACCGUCCUGGCUCAUCAAAAUGGGUCUUGCACUGUUGCUCUUCUUCUUGUUUCUGAUUGCUACCUUCAUCAUCGCCCACACAGUGUACUCAUGGCAUCCAGGGCAACAUGCGCAGGAGUGGCUAAACUACAUCCAGACGUGCAUCUUCCCACCAGGGGUGUUGGGUUCCCUGCAGCAGAAACUCCUCAAAGGGCAGCUGCCGGUGUUGCUUCAAAUGUGUCAGCUCUGGAGCGUGUUGGCCGCUUUGGCGCAUGGUGAGGAUUCCAGGGCUGCCUCCUGGCAGUUUCCGGAACUGCCUUACGUGCAGCGCUUCCAGUUUACCUUGGGGAGUUUCAGGGAACUUCUCUACCUACAGUGUUACCUGGGUGGUUUCCAGGUACGCUUUGUGCUGGCUUUGAUCACCCCAGUGGUUCCUUUGCUCUUACUCCUGUGUUGUGUGAUUUUGGAGCUCUUUAGACGCGGGGCAGGAGUGCAUGCUGGGCUAAAGAUCUUGACCGUCUUCUUUAUUGGCGGCGCUUCUACCUGUAUGGCCUUGAGAAGUUGUCAGCGUUUUGACGCAGGUGGUGAGAAGUUGGAAGAUUUCGCAUUCCUUCGACAACUUCCAGACCUGCCCUGUGACGCUGACUGGCCUGAGCACCAUUGGGUCUUUGCGGUCUUCUGGCCUUGCGCGGUGUGCUACGGUAUCCUCAUCCCAUGCUUUUUAUUUUACCUCUACACCUGGCAACACAUUGUGCUGCGAUACAAUCGGAUGCCCAUGGAAAUCAAAGGGAACAAAGGUGAAAACCAGCUGGCCGUCGGAUUUCAGGACAUCAACUUGGACCGCCGCCUGGUGGCCACCUCCGUCGCCUAUGUGGCGUUGACGCAGCACGGCGCCGUGUGCGUGCAGCUGCGAGGGGGCCAGGGGAUUAUAACGCUCUUGGACCACCCCAGCCAAACCAUUGAGCUCGAUGUGGAUUCCAGCAACAUGCGAUUCAAGAACGAGUCAGAGAAGCUGCAGCACCAUGCCAUCACAGAGAUGCUGUUGGAGCAUUGCAUUCUGUCAGAGGUGGGGAAGACAGACAGACUCUUGGAGGGAGCCAAGGAGACCCUUCUGAAGUAUGCCACCUGUCGAGAUUUGUGGAUGGAAGUGGUGUUGAAGUUAGUGGCUGUGGCCGUUGUGCAGGUGGUGUCCGCUGCACAAGUGGCCUCCAGUGCCGAUGAAAACGAUUUCCUCAUCUCCUUGGGGAAGGUGAUGGCCAUAAACCUAGGAAUGGCAAGUACGGUGUGGAUGGUGCGGCCCUAUGCGCAUCCACAGGUGAACGAUCUGCAGUGCUUCUGCUUCCUUUGCUUAACCGCUUCCGCCCUGGGUUUCCGUCUCCACAUGGCCUGGCUCAGCCGCUGUGCGCUGCUGGCGCCUUUGUUGCUGGCUGCGGGGCAAGCAGCCCUGCAGCCUGACAGCCCCGAAAGCUUGGCGCGACGCUUGUGGGAGGACUUGGUCAUCGAUGGCGUUCCCCAAGGAUCUGCCAAAACUUCGGUGCUGAGUCGGAGACAUUCAUUGGAUGUGAGUUUGAGCUUGGAACGUGAGUAG